ACGUGAUAAAAUUGUGUGUGGAAUGGUUUAUAAUAAUUUUAAUCUUUUCGUUAACGCUUGACGAGCUUAUGUUGAGUAGUGAGUGAUUAUUUAGGCACUAGAGAGUGUCUGUUUUUAAGUUGUUAUUUUAGGUAUUAGUGAAUAGUUAGUUACAUUAAAACUGAAAAGGAUGUAUAUGGAUAUAUUGGCAGCCUUACUAGUUCUAUUUCUAACCUUUGUACUAAUAAGGAAUAAGAAAGAACCCAAGAAACUUUUCAAUGUCUACACGCAACCUGGAAAAUGGUAUUUUCUAAAAUACCCCGCGUUCCUCGCUCUUUUGGGGAUAACGAGGCUAAAGUAUUAUUUGAGAGGUAAAAAAGGCGUUCUGGACGAAAGGCAAUUGGAAAAACGUCAAGCCUUAUCCGACCAUCCUUUAGCCUUUGACGCCGUAUUCUUCCACGCCGUAUCCCAAGACGACAUUUACCUGGCAGCUGGUGCAGAAAGAAGACAUCAGGGAGUAAUAAAUGGAUUAAUUUACCUUAAGCAUCCAAAGUUCGGUUUACUGAAGACCUUAAGACUUCCCGAUACGAAACUGCAAGAAGAUCCAGAAUCCAUUAUGUCGGGUAAGAGUUGGGCUGCCGAGGGGUUUUCUUUUACUCCGGUGGAACCGAUGAAGCGAUGGGAUCUGAAUUUUUCGGGAAAAAUGAGGGUCCAUGGACAAGAGAAAAUCGUGGAUGUAGUCAUUCAGGCAAAAUUUCUGAGUGAGAUGCCGUAUUUUUUUUACGAUUUGGAGUUGCCUGCUAAGAUGUUGGCCAGGGCAAUGGCCAGGGAAAAAUGGUCCAAGGAGUUUUUUAAAAAUCUUAAGGAAGCUCAUCAAACUCAUUACGAACAAAUGGGAUUUCUAGAGGGCAUCCUAAAAGUAAAUGGCGAAGAAGUUCCAUUAAAACUGGACGCAUUUAGGGAUCACAGCUUCGGUUUAAAACGAGACUGGUCCGCCAUGCACCGCUAUAUUUUCCAGAUGUUUUACCUGGAAAAUCAAACCAGGAUAGUUUUAGGUAUAAUUUCGCAUCCUGUAACGGCAUCCCAUUACGAAAUGGGAUACGUAGUACACGCCAAUGGGAAAAUCGACGCUAUCAACUCCUGUGAUUUACGAUUAUGGCAACAUGGAGAAAGUGGAAGGCCUAGUGAUGAACUUUGUUUCACUUUUGUUGCUGGUAAUCACACGUACGAAUGCAAAGUGAAAUACGACUUCACGGCCGCCCACUUCGUAGGCAACAACACAGAAGUGAAGAUGUACGAGCGUUUCCUUACUUGUGAAGUAAACGGGAUUAAAGGAAAGGGAAUUUCCGAGUGGAAUUAUAGCAACACUAGUGGGAAAUUUGACUUGAAUCAGUAUCCCUGUUAAGAAAAGUUUUAUAUUUGUAUGCUUUAUAAAAAAAGAGACAUUGUUAAAAAAUAGUUAUACACUUUAAUAAAUUUUCCUUUAUUUAUAA